AUGGCGUACUACAACCCCCAACAACAGCAGCCCUACGGCAAUGCCCAAAACCUACAAUUCUAUCCUUCAUCAUACUCGAACCAACCCGUCUCUGGCACGUCGACACCCUUCCAGGCAUUCAACAGCGGCGCGCAAACAUCAGCAUACCCAUCGAGCUAUGGCGCAGGCUUUGGCGGUCAGCCUGCUGUGUCUGGACGUAUGGGUGAACAAGGAGGCUUGACAAUGGGAUGGCUAGCGGCGUUUGGCACCGAGGGAUACCCCGGCGAGCCGCCGUUGUUGGAAGAGUUGGGUGUCAACUUUGGACACAUCAAGACAAAGACGCUCACUGUCUUGAACCCCCUGGCUAGAAUUGACCAGCACAUCAUGGACGACUCUGACUUGGCUGGACCUAUUCUCUUCUUCCUGCUAUUUGGCACCUUUUUGCUUUUGGUGAGUGACGCUGUGACAGUCUGUUUGUUCUUGUCGCUAACCUUGUACAGNUCGGGCAAGCUCCACUUUGGCUACAUCUAUGGGUUGGCAGCGUUGGGCAGCAUCUCGCUCCACUGGAUUCUGUCGCUCAUGUCACCACCCCUUUCUCCCGCCGAAGCGUCAGCCCAGCAACAAGACGCCUCGUCUGCACACGGUGGCCACUUCUCAGCCACACUCACCAUCUGGCGUUCGGCAUCGGUUCUUGGUUACUGCCUCCUUCCUCUUGUCCUGACAUCUUUCGUCGGCAUUGCACUACCUCUUGAUGGACUGUUGGGGUACAUCUUGACGAGCUUGGCGAUUUCGUGGUGCACAUACAGCAGCAGUGCCAUGUUCUGCGCUGUGGGAAGAAUGACUGGCAUGCGGGGAUUGGUUGCGUACCCUCUGGCUCUUUUCUACGUCGGGUUUGGUAUCAUGGCCAUCUUCUCGAGUAGAGGCACGGGCACGCUUGCCACCAACCUCAAGGCUGGUGUAUAG